AUGACGCUCACGGAUUACGCGGCGUUUCUCCCGGCGAAUUUCACGCGCCUAUCCGCCGCGUAUCGAAGACCCUCGGGCGAUCUCGCGCUAUUCGCGGACGAUUCGAUCUACCUCGCGGAAUAUCCCAGCCUUAAGCUAAAAUCGGGUUGGCCGUGGAGAUAUCUCCACGAUAUCGGACUUCCCCGAAACGUUAAGAUCAACGCUGCGAUAAACACGCACACGGGACGAACCUACGCGAUCUACGACAAUGACAAAAUAGCGGAGAUCGAUGAGUGUCACAUGAUAGUCAUUAGACACGCUCCGUUAAAAGAUAUAUUUCCCGGAAUACCGCCCGCGAUAACGUCGGCCUUCCGAUAUAUCGAGGGCAAUCUGUAUUUCUUCGCCAAACGUUUGUUCUACGCCUUCAACGAAUUCACGAAUAUCGUAACUUCGGCGGGUCCUUUCGAUCUACACGCGCUCGGUAUCGAGUGUCCUACGGAUGGGCUGCUAAGACAAUUGCGCGAUCUCCUCAGUCGCGUCUAUCGUCUCGGCGACGCGAGAGAGAGAGGAUCGACGAUGAGGACGACUAGAGCGACUCUGCCGUCAUUUUUAAAAAAUAGAACAUAA